AUGCCAUCCAAGAAGCCAGCCAAGGCGACUGCAAAAGCGGUAAGUACUGAUUAUUUUCUGUUCUGUUGGGCUGCUUUAUGGAAUAGACUAGAUCGAAAACCUUAUGUUGCUCUGCCGAGGAUUCUAACACAGUCCAUUCCGGAUGCAUCAGGCGAUAAACGAUCCCGUUCAGCGGUUUUUCGGGAGUCCACUCCAAGUCGCUUUUCACAGAGGAUUAUCGAGAAGAUUGAAACGACUCGACCAUCAACAGUGGUUCACGAGCGCUCGAAGAGCCCAGAUUCUACAAUUCAGAAAAGCAAAUGGUGCUGCGCAUCCAUGUCCAAGUUGAGCGAUUUUGUCCGCGAUAGGAUGCUCACAUCUCCUUUUGUGGCUGCGAUCAACAUUGCAAUCAGUAUACCUUUGGUGUAUUGGCUAAAUUUGCUUGUAUUUGCUCCGGUGGAUGCUGCACAAUCAAACAAAACAGAGCACUACACGUUAUGGGGCCCUGCACGUCCAUUUGCGGGAGUAUUAUGGCCAACUAAUCGUCAGGCUUACCUGGACUUGGGAUGCUUUAGUUUCAUCGCUACUUUCUGGAUGUUGCAGCUUUUGCUCGCUCGUUUCGUUCCUAUCGGCUUUCGUGUGGCCUCCAAUCCGGAAUCUCGGAGAAUGGACUAUCGGUGCAACGGUUUGUUCGCCUUCAUUUUCUGCCUUUGUAUCUUCGGGAUCGCUCAGUGGUCCACUCUACCUCAACUGCAACGCUCAAGGCCCAGUCUUCUUCUGCCCAAAUACUUGAUGAGUUUGAUCACAGCUUCUGUCUGCUUGGCUAUCCCAUGCAGUCUCAUAGCUUACAUAGCUUCGAAACGGUCUUCGAGAAUUCCGGUUAAUCCCGAUGGAAAUACAGGAAAUUUCUUUGUGGAUUUCUGGAAUGGUCGCCUUACACGACCGCACUGGUGGGGCUUUGAUUGGAAGAUGUUUAUCAUUCGUCCGGCGUUAAUGGGAAUGCUCCUAGUUGAUCUCUGCUACGUCUGCGCACAAUGGGAACAGUUCGGUCGCGUUAGUCCUACUCUGAUGGUAAUCACCGCAAUGCAUUUCCUAUGGAUCGCGGAUUUCAUGGUGUUCGAGCAUGCGCAUCUUUCAAGCUACGAUGUUCGAUAUGAUGGAUUUGGAUUUUUCGCAAUCCUGGGUAUGAUGGUCAUGCCAUUUAUAUACACAAUCACCAAUUCCUAUCUGUCUACAAAACUUGAAAAACCUUUGAUGUGGGGUGCCACUGAAGAUAGGUGCCGUUGUGCUCGUUUGGUGUUUUCAAUCCUGAUGUUCCUUGUUGGUCACUGGAUAUACCGUGCUUCAAAUAAUCAGAAAACGCUAUUCCGUCGACAGCCAAAUCACCCUACCUUCGCUGAUAUGGACAAGAUAAGCGGUCCAUACUCCCAACGAUUGCUUGCUGGAGGAUGGUGGGGUUUCGUCAGACACCCUAACUAUUUGGGUGAUUUAUUGAUGGCUUACGCAACGGGAGUAGCUUGUGGUGAGUUUGUUAUCCCCACAUUAUCCAGACGAAUGCUUUGUCUCAUGGAUUACUUCUAUUUUUUUGAAUAA